UCAAAUUUAAAAGCCUGGAUGCGAUCAGAUAUCUUUGGUGAAUGGCUUACAGAACUUGAUAAGAAGUUUUGCUUGGAAAACCGGCAUAUUUUGCUAUUAGUUGAUGGUGCAUUAAGCCAUUAUAAUCCUAAUGAACCAAAUGAAAAUAAUGAUCCUGUUGAAGAUAAUGAUUCUAAUAAUUUUAAUGAAGAUAUGUCAAAAUUAGACGAAGAAUCAAACAGUGAAGAAGAGGAAUUAAAAAAAACUCUAUUCGACGUGGCCGUGGCCGCCCAAG